CCUUAAUAGCCCCCGCAGUGAUCAGCUAUCUGCCCGCGCGGUUAAAUGGCCUUUGUUCCUGGACAGACUCAUCAGAUGUGACUCAGUUGACGGCUGUUCGACACCAUAUAAUACUUCAAAUGAAGUCGCGUCCGCGAAAUUGUGCUUCUUUAGGGAUUUAUAGACACCGCAUGUGACGGAUAUGCGUAUCCUCAUCCGAGGGCGACAUCAGGCUGGGCUGGUCCCAUGGCUAAAGCCAACUAAUAGGCCAUCUCGCCAGACGCCGCCUCACCGUUCUCCUCGCGGCGCGUACAAGGCCACGCUGCCGCCUAGCCCCACACCACAUCACCAUGCUCCCAACCCAUCAUCUCCUACACCUCCCGCCAUACCCGAUAACGGCAUCCGCCUGCUCGCCCUCGACGGCGGCGGCGUCCGCGGCCUCUCCUCCCUCAUGAUCCUGCGCAGCCUCAUGACCGCCGUCGACCCCGACAACUUCCCCAAGCCCUGAGACUACUUCGACAUGAUCGGCGGCACCAGCGCCGGCGGCCUCAUGGCCGUCAUGCUCGGUCGCCUGUGCGACGAGCAUACAAACAGGUAACACCAACUGCUUGACGAGUUACCGCUC